UACACAAACCAUCCUCAGUCACUCCCCAUAUCACCCGACUCACAUCCUCAACCUUCUAUCAUCAACAUGUGCUACCCAUCUUCCAUCGCGGCCGCCCUCGGCAAGGAGAUCAAGUUCUGUGCCCUCACCGGCGGACUUGAUGUCUACCUCUUCAUACUGGCAUCGCUCUCCGGCGUGGUUUUCCUGGCGGGGCUACUCUUCACCGUCACUCGGCUCGUCACCGCGAAGGUCGCCUUGGUCUCACUCGGAGUCUUCGUACAGGUCUUGGCCCUCUGGUCUUCCUCCUCUCCCUGGGUUUCUGGCAAAGUCCAACUCCUCGCGGGGCUCUGCAUCUUGUGCUCUGCCUGGUUCUUUGCCCAAUCAGCACCUCUGGAACGCUCGACGGCUUUCCUUCAGGCCCAAGUAGUCAGCCUCCACGACACCCUCCGCUACUCUAACGAGCGUACCGCUGCCCUGCGCGCCGAGCUUCGGGAAGUCCAGGCCGCCAUCUCUGUCAAGGACAACACCAUCCGCGAUCUCCAGGCCGGCGUCGAUCUCGAAGACGACACCGUCUACGACUCCGAUGCUACCGUGGUCGGCGGAGACAGCGACACCGAGGACAUAGUCACCGCGCUCAACGCUCUCCGCGCCGAGUGUGCCCAGAACGCGAUCCUGCUCAGCAACGCUAGGAACGCCCACAACGCUACUAUGGAGGCCAAGAACGCGAAGGUUGCUCAGCUGAAGGCCGAACUCGAGGAAGCGAAGAAAGUGGUGAUGGCACAGAGGAAGGAGCUGGCGGAUACCGUGAGGGAGAUCGCCGAAAUGAGGGUAAUAAACACGCGCUGCGAGGCCGAAAUCAUAUUUCGUGAUCAGGAGAUCGCACGGAAGGACCGCACGAUCGCUGCGUGCGAGAACGAGCUUGCGAGCCUACAGAACGAGCUUGCAAAUACGCGAGGCGAGCUUGUAAACACACACCGCGAGCUUGCGAACACCCAGAGCGUACUUGCGAGCACACAGGACCAGCUUACAGAUACACAGAGCGUACUCAAGGACGCCCAAGAUGUCAUUGGCCCCAUCAGCGCACAAUUUGAGGAAUACGAAGCCGACAACAUGCGCAUCCGGGACAAGCUCGAGGCCAAGCUCAUGCUGCGAGACUUAGAGAUCGAGAGCCUGAAGAUGAAACUAGCGUCUGCUCUCAACCAAACCGGAGCACAACCCAUGGACACCAGCGACUCAUCGGAGUCCACGCUAUGCUCCCCUCGUCCUGAUCCGUCGUCGUCUGCAUUUGAUCGGCAUUGCAAGUUGACUUCCCUAACCCCCACACCUUCGCCAUCUUCUCCUGCCCGGCUCUCUUCCUCGUCCGCCCAUUGCCCGGCCUCCCCAGUCCAGUCAUGCCCGCUUGCCGAGGAGCCCUCAUUCACCAUCGAGGACAAGCUAGCGGAAAUGGACGUCUCCUGCGAUCUGCUUCGUGACGAGUACUCUUUCUUUGCCAAGGGCCAGGACUCGUGCUGGAUUCAGGAGAGCCCGGUGCAGGGGAAGUGUGCUCUCAAGCCUAAGGAGGUGGACGCGAGCGGACGCCGGUCGUCCUGCUCAGAAACGUCGUCCUUCCAAAUACCCGCGAUACUAGGCGUCUCCCGCGAUCUCCUGCACGACAAAUACUCCUUCCUCGCGCAGGACAAGGACUCUCACUGGCUCACGGACACCCCAGAGAAGCCGAAGGUCGUCGUCAGAUUGCAGGACGUUCCCGCUGGGGUCGAAAGCUCAGGCUAUCUCUGUGCGGAUGGCAAGAAGUCUUCCUUCGUUAUGCGACUCGACAACGUCUCCUGCGACCUCCUCAACGACAAGAUGUCCAUUCCCAGCCUCAAGGACGAGGACUCGGGUUGGAGCCAGGAGAGUCUGCUGAAACAUCUACCCCCUAUAGAGCGCAAGAAGGGAAAGAUUCCUACGUCCUCAGCACCUAAAGGCAGCUGGGGCGAGCCCCGCGCUGCCGGGGACAAGUCGUCUUUCGUUAUGCGCGUCGAUGACAUGUCCUGCGACCUCCUCCGCGACAAUGCCUCCUUCCUCCCCAAGGACCAGGGAUCCUCAUGGCUCGGCGACAGCAAGUCCUCGAAGAUGGCUGUCCCGUCUGUCUUCCCACGUAACUCUAGGGGCAAGGAGAAGAUAUCGUCUCGUACGACGCACCCACUCGAAGGCUCGUUCUCCAACAACCUGUCGAACGAGUUCGCACAGCUCGUCGAGAACGCUUCGACGCCCGCCAAACGAUCCGGCCACCACACCGAAGGUACCUCGCCCCAACCUCCCAGUCUGUCCUUCAUGACUAUCUCUUCCUCCAUGGACGCGCACGCCUUCGCUUCGCUCAGACCCCACCGGAGAGACACAUGUUUCCUGACCCCAGCGUUCACCCAACAUGAGCCGGCCAAGGCGGCGACUCCCUCCCCUCCACAGGGUUCUUCCAAGCACGUCCGGAGAAAGAACUUGCUGAAGACGAGCGGGACUUUUCAGCCCCUCACGAUCAACGCUCCCCGAUACUAG